CCAUUUGCUUUUAGAAUAAAUGGCAGCACACAGUUCCCGAGCGCAAGACGAGGCCAAAGCUGUUGCUGAGCCAUUAAAUGAAAAGGACGAGGAUUACGAGAUCGACGAAUCGACGGCAGCGGUGGUGGUUCCACCUGAUAGUGGAUGGGCAUGGGUUGUGAUGUGUGCAUCCUUUUUGUGCUGCACAGUUCUCGAUGGUAUUGUUUUCUGUUCCGGCUUAAUUCAAGAAGAUUUAAUAAAAGAAUUUCAAGUGAGUAAAGGCUAUGCAGCACUUGUGUCUUCAAUUCUCAGCGGUUGUUAUUUAAUGGCUGGACCAUUUGUCAGUGCAAUGGCUAAUCGUUUCGGUUUUCGGCCAGUUGCAAUAACCGGCGCCCUAUUUGCGGCUGCCUGCUUUGGUAUCUCAUAUUUUGUUAAAAGCAUUGAGCUCCUGUUCAUAACAUACGGUGUUCUCGCUGGAAUAGGAUUUUCUAUGGUCUAUAUACCGGCCGUCGUCAUUAUAGGCUUCUACUUUGAGAAGUGGCGCGCUCUUGCUACAGGUGUUGCUAUGUGUGGAUCAGGUGUUGGCACUAUUGUAUUUACACCAUUGACCGAAUUAACACUUAAGUCGGGAUGGAGACAAACAAUCGCAGUGCAAGCUUGUAUAAUCGCGUUUUGUGCCCUAUUCGCAUGCGCAUUUAGACCAAUACAGCCCAUUACAUUGGCUGUCAAUGAAGAAUCUAACGACGAAAAAGCUGCAAACGAGAAACGCAAUGGCCAUGGCAAUGUAGUGGCACCCAAACCUCAACUCCACCAAGCUGCAUUCACUAAACCAUUGCCGGAAGGCCGUUUCGCAUAUUCAAUGCCAAAUUCAGCACAUAACACAUACAUGGGUGCAUCGCCCAAGCAUCACUACCCCACAGCUGCCGAAGUUUUCCGAGGUGCUAAUAUUGAACGCCGUCUGUCAAAUUCCUCCGGCAAAGGAACCGAAUUGAAAGCCUUGCGAAAAUCGCAGCCCACCACACCGAACGGCGAGCCACAACCAUCACAACUUCAUUUCAAUAUUAACAAGGAACUAACAACGGUCGGAGAAAAUGAAGAAGAGACUGAGAACGAGAACUUGAUCGAAACCGAGUCAAAGCCGGUGGUAAUACAGGCACGUCGUCAUACUGUAUCUGGACGAAGGCCAAACGACACUGUCGGUAAAAAAAGUGCGGUCGGAUCUCAAGAUACCGUUCACAAUAUUCACACGAGGCCAAUGUACCGAGAUGAUAUCUUCUUUACUGGUUCUUUGGCUCGCAUUCCACAAUAUCAAUCACAAACCUCGCUCGCCUAUCAUAUGUCGGUCACGCGUCUUCCCACUAAACAGGACAUGCUCGAAGAUCGACAGAAAGGGUGCCGCCUCUGUCCUGAAGCAGUUCGUCGCACAUUAUCAACUAUGUUAGAUACUUCUCUGCUUAAGUCACCUUCCUUCAUGUGCUUGUCAUUCAGUGGCUUUCUAACUAUGAUGGGCUUCUUCGUGCCCUUCAUGUACUUAACACCGCGUGCCCAAGAUGCAGGUAUGGAUAAGCAGACAGCUCUUGGAGUGGUAUCCGGUAUUGGUUUAGUCAACACGAUUGCAAGGUUAGUUUGCGGUACGGUUAGCUCGAUUCCCAGCGUGAAGCCACUGUGGUUGAACAAUGUAGCCAUAACCGCAGGCGGCCUGGCGACUAUCUUCAGUGGAAUUAAAAUAACCGUUGUAACUCAGUGGGCAUUUGCUGUGUUCUUUGGCAUGUGUAUUGCGUGUUUCUCAGCGCUGCGUUCUCUUAUUGCUGUGGAAAUGAUUGGACUAGAAAAACUCACCAACGCAUUUGGUUUCCUUAUGCUGUUCCAGGGAAUCGCAGCAACAGUCGGCGCUCCUAUCGCAGGUGUACUCUACGAUAUGACCCAAGACUAUAAUACUGCGUUCUAUUUUGCUGGCGGAUUGAUAUUAGUUUCGGCUUUCCUUUGCUACCCAUUGACAUAUAUUGCCAACUGGGAGAAAGCGCGCAAUGAAAGAAAAGCGGGGCAAAUUCCUCCAAGGGCUUAAGUACAUAAUAAAAAUAAUAAUCAGCUUAAGGACAUUUUCAACAAUAAAAGAGUAAAAUUUGAGACUUGAAUUUUCAAAUGUGUAUACAUAUGCAUGUGUAUUUGUAUGUAUUUUUUAUACAUACAUAUAUGUAUGUAUGUACAUACUUACCAUAUUUGUAUGAGUGACCGAGACGAAACUAAAGCUUCCUAACAGAAGUCAGGCAAAUAGCUUAAAUAAAUAAGUAAUUUUGUGAAGAUAUAAAUAUAUUUUAAGAAGUGUAUUUACAUAGUUAUUUACAUUUAUUGUAA